CUCUCACUCUGUUAAAAUGGCGAUCCUCCAAAAUACUAGUAUGAAAUGAAUUGAAAUGAGGAUAAAUUCAACAAAACAAUCCGCAAUAAAAUAAAUUCUAUAGUAAAAAUGGCGGAGUAUCUGGCUUCAAUUUUUGGUACUGAAAAAGACAAAGUAAACUGUUCAUUUUAUUUCAAAAUUGGAGCUUGCAGGCAUGGAGAUAGGUGUUCUCGCAUCCACAAUAAGCCUACUUUCAGCCAGACUGUACUGCUUCAAAACUUAUACCACAACCCCCAAAAUUCUGCUCAAUCUGCUGAUGGAUCACAUUGCAAAUUUUUAACAAAUUUGACAGAAGAAGAAGUUCAAGAACAUUUUGAUAAUUUUUUUGAAGAUGUGUUUGUUGAACUCGAAGAUAAAUAUGGAGAAAUUGAAGAAAUGAAUGUUUGUGACAAUCUUGGAGAUCAUCUAGUUGGGAAUGUAUAUGUAAAGUUUCGCAGAGAAGAAGAUGCUGAAAAAGCUGUGGAAGAUUUAAAUAAGCGAUGGUUUGCUGGUAGGCCUAUAUAUGCAGAACUUUCUCCUGUCACUGAUUUUCGUGAAGCUUGUUGCAGACAAUAUGAAAUGGGUGAAUGUACAAGAAGUGGGUUUUGUAAUUUCAUGCAUUUGAGACCUAUUUCAAGAGAACUCAGACGUGAAUUAUAUGGUAGACAUAGAAGACGAAGAUCUAGAUCCCGUUCCCGCAGUCCCCGCGAACGUAGGAGAUCUCGCAGUCGAGAGAGACGCCGCAGAUCCCGUAGUCCCAGAGAAAGAGAAAAGGAUAGAGAUAGACGAGAUCGUGAAGGAAGAUUCUAACAUUACAUACCAGACCAAAACGUGUCAUGUGGUUUUUCAUACAUUUAAGUAGCAUAUUCAAGCAUUAUAAUAAUUCAAUGUAAUUUCGUCUCAUUUUCUAUCUACGUAUUUAGUCUUAAUAAAUAAAGGCGUCUUUCUCUGUGGAA